CACAUUGGGUUGCGGGUCCGCGCCUAACAAAAGCACGGCGAGGGGGGUUGAGUACACUAUUUCGACAGUCUGGCAUGCCUCUCCGAGAAAUUCAACUUACUUCUCCGCGCCAAGUUUUUUGAGGAAAUGGGCCCAGAGUUUAUAUGUGAAGAUGCCGAACUACUCGAUGCCAUGCAGCGGCACAGCCUCAACAAGAGGGCAAAGCACUGCUCUCGACACCGGAGAGGUAACACAGGUCCAUCAAAACCAAACCAGAGCCGUGGCGACGGCGACAGUAUCUCCCAAACACACUAACAGACAACCCUCCGCGGUCGCCACAGCUCCGGUUGGAUAUUCGUGGCGUGCAUUGACAAGAGGACAGCAGCAUUACUCGCCAUGUCAGGUGUCCACCAUGCCGCCAUGGUCUCCAAGUUCUUGGAAUUGGCCGAAACGAGGAGGAAUUUGCAUGGGCUUUGGGUUCCCGCGGUAUACUGGGCCUACCUUGUUGCCAGGGAGCUGAAACUCCCACAACUGAAUGAUCCAAGCGAGCUGAAGAGUGCGCUCAACAAGACCACCUGGAUGGAUGAACCGAUCACCGAAGCAUUGAGAGGAUUCAUCCCAGACAAAAUCACUAAAGUGACAAGCACCUAUUACUCAACAAAGUCCCGGAGAGUGUCACUAGCUGACACAAAGAAGGGGAUAAAGAAAAGAUUCUUCCUCCGAGUUUCAACAGCCGACAAGAAGGAUGAGGAGAUCCCACCAAGCAAAUCUGAAAAGAAGGAAUUGUUUCAGAACGCGUAUAACAAAUACAGUGGCUGGUCAAAGGAGCUUACCAUUGAUACCACUGGCAAUGGAUUGCCGCAACAGGCAGCUGCAACACAACCAACUCAACCAGGCCAUAACCAAGACGAAGCAGCGGCGGCACAACCAACUAACCACAGCGACCAGUUACCCCACCAACAAUAG